UUAGCGGUAGUCUUGGUAAUGCCAGGCGCACAAAUAAAUCAGACUAAUGAGGAUGUUCAAGAAUGUCUCUGAAAAUAUCGAGUCGACGUCAAUCUACGCAGUUGAACAUUCCACGAAGAUCCAGUCUCCAGCUUCGAAUAGGACAGCGACUAAAAGAGAGCUGGAUGAAGAGGACAUUUUGCUGUUUCACUUACUGCACGGAAGGACAACGACUGAUCCGACUCUUCCAUUAGUGUUGCGGGCCAAUUCGAAGGACAUCCAAAAACAGCAAACGAUUCAAAGCAACAAUUCAUUCACCCGCAUGCUCACUGCUGGCUGCCUUGGUUUUCGGUCCGCCAACCAUUCGAGCCAUCGAAGCACAGACUGUGCGGAUCCGUUCUACUUGUUCAUCACCAGCUCAACCGCGUUCGGAUUCGCCCUGGAUUUCAUGUGUUUUCGUGUUCGUGCACCCCGUAAAUUCGCCCGUCGUGCGAAACGUGCGGGUGACUUUCGACUGCGCUUCGACCGUUUCGAGAAGGUUUGACGUUUGCAUUGUGUCUCGAUAGCAGAGAUGUAAUUUAUACAAAUUUAUCUGUAUUGUACAGAUUUUUACAUACCCA